CCCCCCAACCCCUCUCUCUCCCCUUUCUCCUUUCUGCUCCUUCCGACCGUCACCUUCCAAACGCAUCUACGUCUCUUCCUUACGCCCAAGACAACAGUACCAACUUCGGACUUUUCAUACACAGCGCUCGCAUUUCGUUCUACAUCACCGAUAUCGACGUCCAUCAGCCAAUUACAAAUCCAUCGGACGCAAAAACAGCCUUCAAAUGUUCCCGAAUAUGGUUUUACAACCUCAUCUCUCUGGAGAAUACCUGCAAGAGACAGAUUUGCAUGGUCGGGGCGAAGAAGAGUAGGUUUUUUUUUAACAUCAUGCAGGUAUGCCUCCAUGUGUAUCGUUAUUUCUCAUCCGGAGAAGCCCACUCAGUCAUCAUUGGCCGCCCCUUCGGCCCCUACACACCCCAUCGGCAGCGCCCUUGACACGUACCUUCCCCAAGAAAACGCCUCCAAUCUUCGGGCAUCUGCACCCGUCAUACCGUGGACAAGUACGACCCAAAGCCGCCAGGACCCAUCAUUGACCAAUCAUGGCCCAGAUCAUCCCAUGGUGUUUGAUCACGGCCAAUACUAUGGCAAUGCUUACGACAACGGAACUCUCAACGUCAAUGGGUCUUUCCCAACUGAUCUGAACUCGUUGCAGAACGCCGAGUUUCCCUCCCUUAUUGGACCCCACUCCAUUGAUUUCGGACUUUUCGAUUACCAAAAUUCUGCCCAGCAGGAGGUAAACCAAGUCAUCUAUGAUUCUGGUCUUUCCAAUGUCGACUUUACUGGCCACUGUACAGGGUCUUUUGACCUUAAUCUUGAUGUUCCUGGCGGACUAAACUCUGGUUUUCCGAAUGUUGCGUACGUCAAUCAACAGACAUUUGAUUAUGAUACAGACUUCGUGGCUUCUAUUGCCGAUCAUUCUAUCCCUAGCGGCCUGGAUUCUUCGAUCUUUUCGGACAUAAGCGCUUCCCUUGAGCCUGCAUCGCUGCCCAUGUUUGAGUCGUAUGGGCAAAUUCAGCCUUAUCACGAUGCAUCCCAGCCAAGUUCGCAGGUUCUUCCUGGUCAUUCAGUAGAGCCUUCCUUGAACAUUGGAAGCGACCCAUUCCUCCAAUCCCAGAAUGACCCCUCAGUUAGGCCGCAGCACGGAUACCAACCUCUUGCAAUUCCUCAAGCCGCAGCUGUGGCCACUCGUACUCAUCGAAAUACUAACAGGCGCUCAUCUAGACAAGCUUCUGGCAGGUUUGCAUGUAGCCUCUGCGACGAGCCUUGCUCUCGCCUAGCGGACCUGCAACGCCAUAUGAAGAAACAUGGUCCGCGCGAAUUUCAAUGUGAAUUCCCAGGUUGUGAGAAGGCAUUCUAUCGCAAAGAUAAACGGAGUUCACAUGCCAAAACACAUGGUUCAGCAUUUGAAGCAAUUGUGCGUGGUUAGCGUCCACAUCACCGCACUAUUCGCAAUGUUGGGGUGACGAGAUCUCGGUUUUCCUUUUUCAAAUGUUGGCACUUUUCUUAGCAGACAUUGUUGUGGGACUUUACAAUUUCUUUUCACUGUCAUUAACGUGUUUAUUUUGCUUAUACACACUCUUUUCUGCACUCUUUUCUGAUCCACUCAAGUGUCCAUGAUAGACGUGCUGGGGAAUGGAUGAGAUAGCUACCUAAUCUUUUCUCCUUAUGGUUGACCGUACCCUCUACUGACCAUCUCGUUGUCCAAUUCAAUAUGGUUGAGAGUUCCU